CGAGAGAAGGGGUUGGAGGUUCCUGGCGCCACCGCCGGGCCAUCCUGGGGAACCUAACCUAGAAGAAACAACAACAAGAGGAGACAGAGUUGAUUGUUUUCUAUUAUUUUGGUGAUUAAAUAGGAGAAAUAAUCGAGAUGAAGCCCCAGUUGUACGAAGAAAUCGUGAAGAAUAUAAAGAACUUCAAGGGAUUGUCGAGGGACUGCGCCUACAUGCUGAUACACAAAUAUCCAGAUGUUCCCCCAACUGCCAUCCACGGAAUACUCUCCUCAGAAAUGCAGCUAAAGUCGAAGCAAAAUAGGGGAAGACUGCACUCAGUCAGAGUGAAUUAUCUCCAAAAAUACAUGACAGAGAGAAAUAAGCCAGGCACGCCCCCCGGAAUAAUCGUGAGAAUGGCAGCGGCCCUGGACUUCUCCCCCACUCUCUUAGCCCGUGUAAUCCUCGAGAAAUACCUCCAGGAAACGAAUCCCCUCAUCACGAAGGGAGACGUCUCCAAAUGCAUGAAGGACACGACGCAGAUCCAAGACCCCAGACUCGCCCACGAAAUCUACAUGUGCAUUCUGUAUGACGACAGGAAUGGAAUGAUAUCAGACGCAUUUUGCAAUGCCAUUGGCUUCGAGUACGAAGUCAAAUUGGAGACUUAUCUCGAGGAGAGGAAUAUCCCGUACCUGACGGAGGAGAAAUUGAAGACCCAGGGGUACGACAAGACCCCCGAUGUCAAGCUGGAGCUUCCCAUCGCUGUUGAUGGCUUCAUCAUCAAUUGGAUCGAGUCGAAGGCGCGAUUUGGCACCCCCUCGAUCCACAAGACCCAUCUGAAGGAGCAGUACCUCAGCUACUGGAACAGGUUUGGCCCUGGGCUCGUUAUCUACUGGUUUGGCUUCGUAGAUGACCUCAGUCAGCCCAGCGAGAAGAAAUUCAUUAUUCUGGAUCAUUUUCCAGAGAACAUCACGUACAUGAAUCCUCUCAUCGAGGUGGAUAAUUGUAAAUCGGAUGAGGAGGAAUCUUAAUACUUUAUUUUAUUUUUUAAGAGAGAAUUGAGAAUUGUAUAUUUUACAUUCUUCCUGAGGGAAUUUUUGUAAUUAAAUUUGUGAUGUAUUUUAAUUAAAAUUUUUUUACAGUA